AUGAUUACGACAACUUGUGACCGUCUAAUGAAUGCCGUUGAAGCGUUCACCACGUUGUUUGAAGAAUCGAAAGGCAGUAAACUGGCAGUGUUUGGUCAGUUGUUUCCAAUUAUUUACCGCCUUCCACUGCUUGGAUAUAUGUCUAGAGGACGUUUCGAAGAAAUUCUCGAGCUGCCUCGCCAAACUAUCAGAGAAGACAUAGAGCGUGCUCUCAAGUCCUACUCGGUGGACCAAGAGCCUGAAUGCUUAGUGCAGGCUUAUUAUCAGAAAAUGCAAACUAAUCCUCAUCUGAACCACGAAAAUCUGUUGAAUGUUUGCAUGGACUUCUUUCUGGCUGGCAUGGAAACAACUACAACAACUCUCAGAUGGAGUUCUUUAUUGCUGGCAGCUCACCCCGAAGUACAGGAAAAAAUGCGUGAUGAAAUAUUGUCCGUAAUUGGCCGAGAUGGGAAGCCAACGUCCUCAGCGCGGGCCAUUUUGCCCUACACAAAUGCAGCGAUUCAAGAAAUUCAACGAUGUGCAAAUAUUAUUCCUGUAAAUGUUACCCACCGAACCGUCAGAGACACAUCUGUUGGAUCUACAAGAAUCCCCGCCGACACAUUGGUAAUCGGCGACAUCCAUCAUAUUCUGGCACAUUCACCCGUAUUUGAAGCAAGCCAUGAAUUUCGCCCGGAACGAUUUUUGCUGGAAGACGGGGUGACGCCAAAUAAGAAAACUGUGGAACAGCUUUGCCCUUUCUCGGUGGGAAAGCGCCAAUGUGCUGGAGAGGCUCUGGCCAGAGUUGAGCUGUUCAUUGGUGUUGUCACCUUGCUCCAGAACUACCGAAUAGAGCCAGCCAAAGGACGCACUAUAGAUCUGGAACCAAAAUUCGAUUCUGUUCUCUUUCCAAAAGAGCAACCACUGCGACUAAUCCCAGUCGAACAUUAA